AGAAGAAGAAGAAGAAGAAGAAGGAGCAAACAUUUCGCUGCGCCUGCAGAUAUGUGUACUCGACCAAAUAAACCUUGAUUUGAUCGAUAGUCCCCAACUUGACAAAAACGAUCCGCUCGAACGCGCCCUUAGUUGAAGUGGUCACGUUACUUUUUUUUUUGUUGAUACACGAGUUCAACAGAGAAGUAAAACGCUGCAGUCACUGUCUCUGACAUGGCCUCGCCUGCACCUGGAGCGGGAUUCCAGAACAAGAACCGUGUUGCCAUUUUGGCUGAAUUGGACAAGGAGAAGAGACGUUUGAUACAGAACUCCUCCAUGAAUAACCCUGGAGCCAGCAUCCCUCUCUCCAGACCAGCCCUGAAUAAAGACUUCAGAGACCACGCGGAGCAGCAGCACAUCGCUGCCCAGCAGAAAGCAGCUCUGCAGCAUGCCCAUGCUCACUCUUCUGGAUUCUUCAUCACUCAAGACUCGUCCUUCGGGAACCUGAUCCUCCCGGUGCUGCCCCGUCUAGACCCACCUCCACCAGCAGAAUAACAGAACCUUAAGAAGAAAACACCCAACGGCUAAAAGCAGCAGGUGGUUUACAGAUCACCUGUUGACGAAUGGCAGCGGGGCCACAGAUCACGUGUUGACGAAUGGCAGCGGGGCCACAGAUCACCUGUUGGGUGUUGACGAAUGGCAGCGCACCACAGAUCGGCCCUCAUUUUUCCCAACCAUUUUGUUGAAUUGCCACUGUUCGUCGACACACGGCACAUCGUUUAGUGCACAUGGCCGACGUUCGUUUCUGGUGUUUUCUCCACGAACAGACAUAGUGACAACACUUUGUUACAAGGACUUUCUGAACAAGGUCUUGGAUUGUUUGUUGAAGCUAAGGGUCAUGUUAUUUCUGUCUAUUUUUGGUGCACCGUACAUCAUGUGGUUUUGAAAGACAAAUGUCAUUUUUCUAACAUUUUUUAUAAAUGGAAAAAGGCCUAAUCAAAUAAAGAUCAAGUCAACAACAACAUUUGGACCUUUUACUUGGGAAUUUGCAUACUCAUUAUAUUAAACCCAGACGUUAUAUUGUUACAACAUAGAAGGAACCAGGGUUGGGUUUACUGUUUACGUAAUUUGAUGACAAAACAAAUCAAUUACGUUAUUGUAAUUGGAUUACAGAUACUUUUGAAUAAUAAUAAUAAUAUAUUACUUCUUGGAUUAUUUUUAAAUUCCAAAAGGAUGUUUGUGAAAAAAAUACAUCGACACCUUUCUAUUUCCUCAACAUUCAAUUCAGGAAAAAAACGCACGUUUUAUAGUUUGUUCCACCUGAGCGAGUCUCCACACAUCAAAUGUGUUUGAUGGAUCCUUUUUAUAUAAUACGAAAGUAACGAGGUAAUCAAAUUACUGCGUUUGGGUAAUCCCAAAAUCACAUUAGUUAUUACAAUUUUGGUAGGUAACUAACAGAUAUUUAGAGAGUAAUCUACCCAACCCUGGAAGGAACUAUGAA